GGAAGCCCCCCGAUAUUUUUUUUUAAAUCAUGACUUAUUACCGUGGAAGGUGGUGUUGCUGGAGACAAGACUACCACUGUGUGGGUGUGGGAUGAUACAGCAUAGGGAGAUCCAUUUUCAGUUGACUCAUCUGUCUUCAUUGCAAAGAACAUCACCUUCAAGAACAAAUCACCAUCACCACCAUCCGGAGCUACAGGGAUGCCAAGCAGUGGCAUCACGAAUCUGGGCAGAUACACCAGCCUCUAUAAGAUGUAAGUUUGUUGGGGUACAAUACAACUCUACGAUAACUUUGGGAGACAAUACUCUAAAAACAGCAGCCCUCUACCGCCGUCCCCGGCUUCUAAACUCACAGGUUGGCAAAAAUCCCAGGGGCUGAGGUUUAAAUUGCAUAAAGUUGAUGCCUCAGC